GAUAGUAAUAUAAUUAUUAAUAUUUUUAUAGUUGGAUUUAUAUCCACACUAAAGAAUCCCCUGUGAAAGGUAAGAAAUAACCAUAAAUUUGUCAUCAUAGUGAGAAGGAAGGGUCAAUACUAGGGAGGUAGAUCUGUGGGAUUUACCUGCUCCUUACUCCUGUGCUGAAUAAGCAUCCAUGUGUGAAAAAUGAGGCUCUGCUGCCCAAUUUACUGUUGGCCCUGAAUAUAAUGAAAAAAGUAAACUAAUUUUCCAUAGGGGAUAUAAUCUGCUUAUAGACAAAUUGUCAUAGGAAUCUAAAAUCUAAAGUUUGAAUUUAGUUUAAAAUAUUUUUGUUAAAAUAUUUUAAAUUUUGUAUUUCCAUUUUUCCAUGAUAGAAGAGGGAUGGUGUGCCCAUUGGGAAAAGUUUAAAUAGUGGUGGCAAGAUGUGUCAUGCUUUCCACAGAGAAAUGAAAUUUGAAUCCUGUGUUGUAUUUUUUGCAAGAAAACUCCUCAAGAAUUUGAGGGCAUGUUUGGCUAUGGUUAUGUACACCAUUUGGCACCAUUUGCAUACCAGUUUGCUGCGCUACUUGGAGUGAUGGUACAUGUUUGGAGAGUCUUCUAUUAAUACUACCCCUCCUCCAUGAGGUUUGAAUGAUUUGUCAAUUUUUUAAAAUUAAUAAAUCCAUAUUUUUUGCCAGGAGUACCUGAGAUUCAGGGACGGACACAUUGGUCUUUCUUGACAUGCAUGUGGAUUUUGUUGAUGUUGUUUGCUUGGUUUUUGUGGCUUUUUUGUUGUUGUUUGGGCAUUUUUGUUUAUUUGUUUUUGUUUCAUUUUGGAGUUUUUUUGGGGCAUGUUUUGAUUAAUAUUUGUUUUAGCUUCUCUUAAGAAAUGAUACUUCACCUGAGACCCUAGAGGGACUUCCAGUGAACUUUCUGAGAACCUUUAAUGUGCAUUAUCAGUUUCCCAUCUUCUCUUCAUGACAGAUGCCAGAACAAAAGUAAAUGCCAGCAAUCUUGCAGAUGGAUUAUGUGGAACAUUACUGUAGAAACAAACAAGACAUUUAUAAAUUAAAACAUAAAAAAAAAAGUUGGUUGGUAAAGUCAUGAAGUUCAGCUUCUGCUUCCCCCUAUCUGCACUGUUGGUUCACUGCACUGGAUAUCACAUUGAGAAAUGAGGGAAAAAAUGAAAGUUGAAGAAGGAAUGUCAGAAGGGCAUAUUAAGUUGAGGUGAUCUUCUCAGGAAUUUUUUAGCAGAGUAAUGAUCUUUAAUUCUUUGUAGGCUCAGCUUCAGUUCUCUAUUCUGCCUAUAUUCGGGUCACCUACUGAGCAGUCUGUUGGCAUAGCUCAUAGACAGUAUUGAUGAGGCUGCUGGGGCAUACCCUGGUUGCACGUGUUUGUCUCCAGAUAUCAGAAGCAAUAAGGAGCCUCAAUAAUUAAUCCAUGUCAAAAUUAACUCUCCCACUGUUGUAAUUUCACGGAAGUAUUAAAUGCGUUACUUGUGCAAAUUUUUAGUGGUUUCCAUUUCCAGUGUUCUUUAGAAUCACUACUAAUCUAUUUUCCUGUGUCAUAAAUUUUGAAAUUUAAUACCAAAGAACAAAUGGUUGAUGGUUCUUUGUCUUCUUGUAGUAGAUGACUACUGCAGAGCUUACAAUGUGUAAUGUUUGUGAGGACAUUAGCUGCUUUCAUUGAGCUGACACCAGCUGCUGAUCGUGUGGGAUGUUCUUCAAGUGCAACCUGCAGAUGAGAUUGAAAACCACUGCUUGUGAGCAGGGGAUUUUCUUUGUGUCCUAGAGAUGUCAAAGCAUUUUAUCCAGAAUAUGGUGUAAUCUUUCCAAUUUUACUUCCACAAUACAUAAGAAUAACCAUGCAUCUCAUUUCCUUUAAGACAUAAUGCAAGAUAAUUUUCUUUCCCAUAUCAUUCUUGCUUAAAGUGGGAGAAAAUAAAUACCACAUGAAAUUUGAGGAAUAGAAACCAAAAAAACAAUAAAAAAUUGCCUGCCUGGUUUUUACUUUUUUUAUCAUUUUUACUAAGUUGUUCAGAUACCUGAUAGCCUGAUAGGAAAUCAAAGAUACUGAAUUCAGAUAGAAUUGAGAUCAUAUUAAAAUCGUGCUUUAAAAUUAUUCUUAUUAUCUUAGAUUAAUAUUUAUGACUUUAUACUAAAUAGGAGAAGUAAGUAAUUUCUCCCCAAUCCAGUGAUGACAUAACAUCUAUAUAAAUACCUUUCUAGUGUGGCAAACAUGAACCCUUUGAAGCACACAUGAGUCUGACUGAGAGCUACAAUGCAUUAGUCGUACAUUUUGGAGAUAAAAAGAGGAAGGGAAACAUUGUGAAGGGUUCACAAGCAGUAGGUCCUCAGGGAUACCACUAUUUCCUUACAAAAUGGCUAAGCUGUAUGUGCAGUUAGUUCUGAGGAAAAACAAGUGAUACCCUGAGCAGUCACUUCCAGCUCACCCUCUCCUGUGUUUGGGGAUUCAAGCCCACCAUCAGCUGUGAGCCAUGCAGUUGGUCAUGUCACAGCUCUAAUAUGCAAACAUACUUGCUGUCUAAAACAAAUGUGUCCAAACACGUUGCCUUCUUAAACCACCUCUCCGCUGUAGUGAUGCUUUCAAGCCUAAUGCUGUGAAAGCACUGCACUUUGACGUGAAAAGUUUUAAGAAUCUGUUUUCACUGCUGCAGAGAAAUGUGUAUAUUUAGAGUCUGGGAGAAAAAAAAGCUUAGAAAAAGUGAAGGAUAACACUAGAAGUGCCCAAUGCUCUGGUAAUUUUUUGUAGAAAUGUGAAAUUCAUUUAUGUUUAUUUUUGGCUUUAUGAUUGUAGGAUAAAAUUACCUUUUUCUGGAGUAGAAUGCGAAGGCUGAAACCUAAUCCAUCCAAAUGAAAUCUUGCUGUUUUAAGGAAGAUCUAAUAAAAGGCAGUAACAGGUUUUUGGGUUGAGGCUACAGUUCUAAGUGGAAUGAUAAGUCACAUUUAAGUGGUUUAUCAAAACGAUUGAAUAUAUUUGUAAACUUAUAUUAAUGUACCAUAGUUUUAUCUUGCUAUUUGAUAAUGUUCUACUAUGAAACUAUAUAAAAUACCAUUCCAAGAAUUUAUAAAUAGAUGAAAGAAAAAGAUUGUGAACUUUCAGUUUGUAUUUGAUCCAGUAAAACUACUUGAGGUUGCUUCAAAUAUUUAAAAAUGUUUUUUGCUAUUGCAUUGGCUCCCAGCAGUAUGAAUGGUUCAGGUGGCAGGCUACUAGCCAGUUACCCAUGCUAUAUGCUAAUCAGGCAUUAACCAAUGAGCUUCAAAAUAAAAGGUGGAGAGAGAUGGCUUUAGGAUAUUUGUUACAAAAAGGUAGCUAAUAUUUCUUCUGAUUUUUGGAGACAGGAAUGUGAUUGAGAUACACUAAAUGGAAAUCCAUACAAAACCAGUUCUGAUUUUUGGAGGAAGGAAUGUAAUUAAGAUAUACUGAAUGGAAAUCCAUACAAAACCAGUCAAAUUGUUAAAAUAUUCAAAUAUGCCUUACUGUAACAAGAAAGCACUGUAAUGUACUGAAAUCAGCAAUAGAACAGCUGUGUUUUAAAGGACAGUACUUUGAAUGUCACUUGACAAUUUGCUUUCAAUUAGAAGUAAUUUACAGGAAGAUGCCCACAAGCUAAUCUUUACAGGAUAAUUAAGUUCCAUUUUCUUUACUUUUAAUUAAAAAGCAGAAAAGAUUUAGCUGAUCCAUAAAAAAUGUUCUGUUUAAACAUUCAUCAGACUUCACACUCUUUUUUUUUUUCUGUUAUUUGUUGUAGCAGAUGUUAUCAAAACUGCAGUCUGCUCUGUUUUAAACCCAGUAUAUUUGGGAAGUGAAACACGAGUUGCAAUAGGCGUGUACAGCUGAGGUAUGAUCAUUUAGCUUCUCUGUAUAUGAAUAGCUCUAAAAUGAUAUCCAUACCCUGGGCUUUAAUCUUGCUCCUUCCAUUGCUUGCUGUUGUGGUGAGAGAAAGCGAAGCAGAUGAACAGCUCUGGGGAUGCUAAUUUUCCUCUUGCUUUCCUAAUGCCACUAAAACCUGAAGUCUAAAUGUAAAAAUGAAACAAGUAUCUUUGCCAUUAAAUUUGCAUGUUAGCAAAGUUGUCUGCAUGCCUGUAGAAUCGAUAAAAACAAGAAUUCCUUUGCUGAUUUCACAUUGAAUGAAAAAAAAAGCGCAGUUUAUGCCCAAAUAUCUGGACACACAGUUACUUAUACUGCAGUGAAUUAGUGCUGCUCUUAAGGAGGAAAGAUGUAUCUGUUUUCCCCAGAUAUUCCCUCAUAAUCUUUGCAGAUUUUAAGAAGUGAAAGGAAAUUUAGUCCUAGAUUUUUAAUUUGUCAUUUGUGCUGUGAGAAAUUCUACGUAUGAAACUGAACCUCCAAUACUUUUUAAAGUGUGAGAUGUAAUUAUUUUUUGGUUUACAGCCCAGUUACUCCAGUGAACCUGUGAAAUGAUAUGUAGCUGAGCCAUGUUCUUAACAAAAAUAUCUGAAUGCUUGUGCUAGGUCUGGAGCUUAUUCUGUUUAACUCAGAAUUGACCAAGCUUCCAUGAUCACUUUAAAACUGAGAAUAAAACUAUACAAUCAUUAUGUUUUAUGUUAAAAAGGACCUCCGGAGAUGAUUUAAUUCAACCUCCUGCUCAAACCAGAACCUGUUUUGGUAAGGUUCCCAGUCAAAUUUUUUAUUGUCUUCAAGGUUGGAGAUUCCACAACGUCCUUUCGCAACUAGUUCUACAGUUUUACAGUCAUCGCUGCCAUCUCUUUAACAUUUACUCAGAAUUUCCUUUGCUAUGUCUUGUGUCUUUUCCUCUUAUCCUAACUCUGUGGACCUCCAGGGAAAGUGUGGCUUUGCUCUUCUGGAACCUCCCAUUUGGUAUGUGAAGACAGCAAGAAGAAUUCCUCCUAAACCUGACCAUCCCAGCUGUAUUGAUUUUCCCUUGCCAUGAUCCUGUGGCAAUCUUGCUCUCCUCUGCCAGACUGACUCCAAAACCAUCAUGUACUCCAAAACCCCAGACUAGACAUGGCACUUAAGGUGUGGUCUCACAAUUGCUGUGUAGAGGGGAAUAAUCAUCUCAUCCUGCUGUCUGCACUUGCAGACAUCCAUGGACACGGUCGGCGUUUGCUGCUGCAAGGGCUCACUGCUGAUUCAUGCUCAUACAGCAAAGCUGUUUUUCCGUAUGUUCAUCCCCAGCUUGUACUGGUACCUGAGAUUUAUCUGUCCCAAAAGUAGAGUUCAGAAAUUGCCUAUGCUGAACUUCAUGUUUCUGACAGCCCAGGUCUCCUUAGUAGCAGCCUUGCCUUCUAGUGUGUCUUGGUAGCUCCUACAAAUUUGGUACAAUUUCAAACUUGCUGAGGGCACUCUGUUUUGUUGUUCAAGCCAUUAAUGAAGAUCUUAAGCCACAUUGACCCCUGAGGGAUGCCUUUAAGUGAGGAACUCAUUAGAUUUUGUAUUAACCCUUUAAGGCUGGUGAUCUAGCCAGUUUUCACUUUAUAAGACCAAAAAUGCAGCCCAUAUGGUAGGAAAUGAAUAUUCUUAAAAUAUUUGAAAGCUUUUGAAAAUAAAGGUAUUUUCUAUAUGGGUUUUUUCCCCCCGUAAAUUAAUACUAGGAUUGCAAUAUCCAAAUACAUUGGAUUGUUCUGUGUUGCAAUUAUUGAAUUCUUUUAUUGAAACAAAAGUUUCUACAUAUUCCAAGGUCUAGAUUUGCUCUUAAGUUAGCUGACAGAUUAACAAGAAAUUUCUAAGUGGUCAUGCUAAAUAGACCUUGGUGUAAUUAAAAGUGGGUAGUCAACAUGGUCUGUAAAAAACCGUAGAACUAAUGUCCCAGAAAUCAUUCUCAAAUGGAACUUUUUUGAGAAUUCUACGUUCAGAACUGUCUUGAUUGGAAAAAAUACCUCUUAUUUUUUAAGCUGUGCUAAUGCACAGCAACCUGUUUGUACAUAGACACAUUUAUAGGAAGCAUUUAAUAUAAGCUAUUCAAAUGACUUCAGCUAUCACUUUUGUCAGUUUUAACAAUUUUUUACAACUACAACUUGUAAUUUCACUCCAUGGAAUUCUUUCCAGUACUAUUAGGAGGCAGAAGGAAGUAAGAAAGUAAUUUGUUGCUGUAAUUGGCAUUCUUGUGGAUUUUUAAAAAAAAAUUUCUAAGCAUGCUUACUUUCAUCAAAAGGCUUAUAGAAAAAUGAGGAUACACUUAUAAAUCACAUUUUUGAAAGGCUAGAGGACUGUUUAGAAAUAAAUUUGAGCGUGUGCUUGUUUGCAGAAGAAUCACUUCAUAUGCAGUUAAAUAGAUGAUUUAUGGUCACUCUUAGUGCAAAAGUCUUCAACUAUCUAAUUGUUUGGCAUCCAAAAUAAGCUAGUUAUUGAGAUUCCUCUGUGGGAAGGAAAAUAAACAGUUUUCCAGGGUGAUGAAUUGUUUUUUCAGUUUUGCAUCCUGCUUCAAGAUUUGCUUUAAAUCAGCAUGCAACUGAGAAAGACAGUGGUGGCCUCUUCCUUUUGCCUGUUAGCUCAUAUAGUGUUCACAUAUGGCUCAAAUGUUAUUCUGUCCAUAGAGCAAACUGGGGGAAGAAACUGCUCCAAGUGAAAACCAGCUUCUCUCCCAAUUUCUCGUGCUUCAGUUUUAAGUCAAAGCAGUUUCUUUAUUUAGUUCACCUGAUGGCCACAGAUGUACCUUUGCUAAUCCAAGAAGGAGGACAGCAUGACUUUUAAGAGCAAGCAGAAGGGGUAGGGCAGCCUGUUUUGGGAAUGCAGUCUGCAGGUGUCAGCAUAAGGAGAUAAUAACACUACAUUGCUGGACAGCUGGUUCAGGGUGCAAUCACUCUGGGAUGCUCAAAAAAAUGCUCUGCUUUGGUUAAAAUAGUAGGUAGUGAUAUGUAAUUAGUGUAGCAGAUACAUUGGUUGCUUGUUGCUUACACUAAUUUUGCAAAAGGCAGAAUAGUGUCUGUCUUGAAUGAGAAUUUUAAGAGACAGCUGCAACUUUUUUCCUUAUAUGCCUUAGAGCCUCGAUACUUAUGUAUACACUUUUGUAAGUGAACUUUCUGUGGACGCUUUUGUUAAAGAUGUUCCUCAUGAGUAAAGAAUACAGGCAUGAACUCAGAUUAGUGUAAGAAAUUAUAUCCUUUAAAUAUUUGCUUUAGAAAGAUAGAACUAGAUAGAACUGAGCUGUUAAGUCUUUGUCUGUGGGAUCAGUUCCCUUUGUAAAAACUACAAAAUAAAUACAAUGUAAAAUAUAUGUAAAAACUAAAAAUAAUGUAAAAACUAAAUAUAAUGUGAAAACUAAAAAUGAUGUAAAAACUAAAAAAUAAAUACAAUACCAUAGCUUUUCUAUGACUGUACAGAAAACUUAGUUAUGCUUAGCAAUGUAUAACUGGAUAAUAUAUUCAUCCAUGUUUGGUUACUUUUUGGUAACUGGAUAAUCAGUGAAGCUUAACACUUCAGGGGACUCAGUCAUAGUCCUGAGAUGGGAGUCUUGAUGAAUAAUUUGAGGUCUAGUCUGAUCCAUUAAUGCUGCAAAUAUAAUUUGGGUUGAAGUGUUCCCAGUUACUUCAUUAGUGAAAUUCAGAUGAUUUGCUUUGAUGGACAUGGAAAAUGAUAAUUUGCAAAACUGUAAACAAAAUAGUAAAAAAUUUUCCUGUUUCAAAUCCAGAAAGGUGAAGAUAGUUUAUUUUAUAUUCUAAACCUAAAAGAUGUCAGAAUUUCAAUGAUGUGUCACUCUAAUGUAAUUUCAAGAUGACAUUUUGGAAUCAUGACUGUAGCAUAUUUGCCCCAACUUCUAUGCAGAGCAACUUUUCAAUUUAAAAAUGAUUUUGCUUAGCUUCAGUGAUUUUCACUUAGUCUUAUAAAUCCAAAAAUAUUGUCAAAUCAAGAAACAAAAUAUUAUGUGAAUUCUUCUUUUCAAUAAAUGUUAACUGAACUAUUAAAUGCAUUUUUUUUCUUUUUUCGGCUGCUUUUCUUCUCACAAUUUUAGAUAAGAAUUUUAAGGGUUUUGAUGAUACAAAUGUCUCUCCUGUGUUUCAUUAUGAAGGCAACGUGUGCUGAGAAAAAAGCCAGUGAAAUUACUACUCAUAAAAUAACUUUCCAUCCUUUUGUUAAAUGUGAUUUGUACAAUAUUUUAAAAUUAUGGUACAAAUUGUCUGAAAACAUCACUUUCAUACUUUAGAGACAAGGGAGGAAAGGGUACUAAUGAUAUUCAGACAAGCAGUAAUUAGCUAUGCCAAUAAAUAGGACAAUUUAAUAAAUGAGUUAUAGCAAGAAGGAGUAAGUUGCAUAACAAAUAAUUAUGGGACUUUGGCACUUAAAUUAUGAGCAGAAGACCAAGGUGUAGGAAGGUGUCUCAGAAGAAAUGUUGUGUGUGUUUUCAUAUUAGCUAUAAUAUGACGUUAAAUGAUAUUACAAUAACUUAUUUAGUUAUAUUAUUCUAAUAUUAAAAUAUUAAACCCAGUAUGUGAGUAUUAUAAAAAUCAUAUUUCUCAAUCCCAAAUACAGUUAAUCUUAACCACUGAGAAGUGUGCAGACUUAACAUGAGCAGACAUUUAGUGAGUUUGUGAGAAUCCGAAAGCUGAGGAGGGACUGGAAAGAUUUUACAGUAAUAGUUCUCUCUUUUGUGUAAUAUUCAGCCAUUUCACCUCAGAUUUGCUUUGCUUUAGAAAUUUCCUGAAUGCACAAAAGCAGUCAGAAAAAUUUUGUAUGUGUACGGAGAAUGGAGAAAUGAUCUGAGGAAAGGGGAGAAAAGAAGCUGUCUGGGGAAGUGAAGUUAUCUACAUGUAGCUUAAGGAAAUGCAGUGUCAAGUAAUGGAAAGAUAGGACAAUUGUUUGGGAAGUCGGAGUUCGUUUUUACUUGGUCUACAAACUGUUGCUGUUGCUUCUCAAAUUUCAUUAUUCAGUUUCUGCUAGAAAUAGAAACCAGAAUAAUUUAUUUAGUACUGUAGUUACUGCAGUAUUUAUACACAAGGGAGGGAAGAGGUGCUCCCACAGAGUGUGAUGUAUACCUGGAUGUGCUGUGGUUAUUUUGUUCAAAUCUCUUCCAAUGGAUUAGCCAUAUCUAAUCUAUUAUAUCUUCAACUGAAUGAGUGUGAAUCCAGUGCCUACUCUGAAAUGUUGCAGCAUUUUGGGGAAAUGAGUCAACUUACCUAGUGUUAAUGGAAAAGGUAAGCAACUAGCUAGUUCUCUAUGUUUUCCUUAGCGAGCACUUCCUGGGCACUGAAUUUUACCAUGAUAAUGUAGAUACCCAAGAAUUAACAUGGCAUAUGUAAAUAUAAUGCAUGAUUGCAUAAAUACAUGCUGUUAAGGAAAAGUUGUACUGAAGAAUGAAUAUCCAACCUGAAAGCAGCAAUACUCCUGUUCUCUUUUUGAGGAAUUUAUUUUAUUUAUGGAAUUAUUUUAUUUAUGCAGCAUUAUUUUAUUUAUGCAGAAAUUUAUGUUAUUUAAGGAAUUUAUUUUAUUUAUGCAGCAUCUUUCAUUAUCAUCAAAACCCUGAAACCCCAUAUAAGACAAUAAAUCCAUGUGAUUAAUAAAUAAAUAUUAAAUAUAAAACAAAGUCACCAGGAUUUUUAAAUGGGAAUAAAGUUCAAAGGAAUGGCAAUAUAUCCAUGCUUUGAAACUCCCUAGAGAAAAAAAAAAGAGUGAAGUUGGAUAGAUUUUUGGAGAGAGAGUAUUCAGUGCUCCUUCCUGUAGAGAUACAAAAUCUGUAAAUACUGAGUGGUACCUAAGUGGUGAUAUUAAUCAGAAUUUGAGGCUCUGCUGAGCUCAGGUUGGUCUACCCGAAGGCUUUAAAAUUCAUCAGACGGGAAUAUCUAAAGUCACUGUUACUUGUACGCUUACAAGGUGAGCAUAGUGUGAUGGCAGUACAGUUGGGGGACUGGACUCAAAGCCCAGAUCCCUCAAGAUGUAUACUGCAAUUGGAGAAUAGUUAUUUGAAAAGGAAACUAAGGUCAUGUGUCUCCAGUUCUCAGUUAAAACUUUCAGUGGGGUAGGCACUAAGUAGGACCAUAUCUUUUAGAUGCAUAACAGGGUGACUGCUGUCUAAACCCACCUAAGUCCUUUUCAAAGUCAGGAAGAGAUUUGUUUUGAUCAGCAUAGCUUAUUAUAGUGUAUGUCCUUUAUGAUGAGGGAAAAGUCAGGAAAAAUAUCAAAUGGUCAAAAUUUAGAACAUUUCUGGUACUAUACUUUAGAGACCACAGGAAUUCUAUUAUCAGUAUUACAGGAUGCCCUCUAGAUUCACUAAUUAUGUUGGAUUUGAAAUGAAAGUUAAGAAAAUAGGUAAAAGGAACCCAUCCUCCUUCUCCUUCAGAAGUCUCAAUUUGAUAGCUUUGUGCCCAUGAGAGAAGAAUAUUACUUUUUUUUUUUUUUUUUUUUUUUACUACAGAUAGUUUAUUCAAAGCUCAAGCAGUCAUGAUUGCCAUACUCAACAGUAUGGUUGCCUAUUAGCUAACAGGCAAAUAUGUGUAAUAUUUGGUACUGAUAGUUACUGUUGUGUGACAGCAUUGGGCUCUCAGCCUGUCUUUGUGGGAGACCAUAGAUACAGUCUUCUUGGAACAUUUGCUGCCUACUUCAUGUUUACUAGAAUAGCUGGAGGUUUUAUUUGGGUUCCACUUUUACUGAUAGCUGAAGAUCUAAGCUGAUUCUUAAAGGUAAACCCAUACCUGCCAACCAGUGUAUGAAGAUACUUGCUUUUCUUUUGGCAACAGUCAAGCUUGACUAUAGUUUUCACUUGAGGUCAUCUCUGCUGAUCUUUAACUUGUGAACUGAGCUGCUAUGCCUUUCGCACUGGUCUACUGGGUAGACAAGUGUUAUAUUCAAUGAUCUGGUCAGAGACCUCAAUAAAUAGUUUCUACCUUCUUUUCCUGGUGUCAUUCUGGUACAGAAUCUUUUGUUCUCUGUACUGUGCAGUUAGGAAGAUCUGCUGCUCCACAGAAGCCCUGUUUUCUUCUCAGUAAUGCAUUCUGGUAUACUUGGCUUUUCCGAAGUUAAAAUUAAAACUUUGAUCACUUUUUUCCUAAAUUAAGGCUUCAUGAAAAAGCCCAGCAGUUACAGCUUAUGUUUUGAGCUUUAUUGUACCGUAGUUGAUCAGCAAGAACUUUGUGACAAGCAGUAAAUUUCCAUAGGUGGAUUUUGUAGAGCUUACCUGUCAAAUGCAUUGACCUAGAGGGCUAGAACCUGACUGCUUCCUCUGACAGUGUUUAUAGACAAGCUUUAUGGUAAAUUAGGACUCUUUAGUUUCUGAGCUUAGCAAGCACCUCUGGGCCUAACUGUGAAGCUGAGUACAGACAAGGGGCAAACAUUUGUAGUUGUCGGCAGUAACUCCCGUCCUUUCAUGAACAGUGGCCAAAAUACAAUUUUUUCACUGGUCUUGAAAACUAUGUCCAGUUCUCAUGGUAUUUGAUGUGCUUCUGACUUUCAUGAAUGAAUUGGAAUUUUCCCUGGGAUGUUCGAAGACUGCUCUGUUCUGUCAGAAGAGAUAAUGAAGAGCUUUAAUAUUAAUGGGCCCCUUGAAGAUGCUACUGAGGAUGAAGAAGAAGAGUGCCUGUCUGAGGAAAAUGAUACUGUCUCAAAAGAAGACUUUCCAUUGGAGGAAAGCUUUUCUACAGAGUUUGAGCCUGAAAAUCUGAGCUGUGAAGAAGUGGAAUACUUUUGUAAUAAAGGCAGUGAAGAAGGCAUCCAGGAGGCAGCAGAAUCUGAUGGUGAUGCAAGGUCAGAGAAACCAGGGCAGCUUGCUGUGGAGACUGAAGACUGGGAUGGGCCAGGAGAGUUGGAGGUGGUCCAGAAAGACGGGGAGCGCAAGAUUCAGAGCCGGCAGCAGCUUCCGGUCGGAACAACAUGGGGGCCUUUCACUGGGAAGAUGGAUCUGAAUAAUAACACCUUGAAGACAAAGGCUUCAGUCCCUAUGGUACUGACUGCUGGCCCCAAGUGGCUGCUGGAUGUGACUUGGCAAGGAGUAGAAGACAACAAAAACAACUGCAUUGUGUACAGCAAAGGAGGGCAGCUUUGGUGUACCACGACCAAGGCCAUCUCGGAGGGUGAAGAGCUGGUUGCCUUUGUUGUGGAUUUUGACUCAAGGCUGCAAGCUGCCAGUCAGAUGACUCUCACAGAAGGCAUGUACCCCGCCCGCCUGCUGGACUCCAUACAGCUGCUCCCGCAGCAAGCUGCCAUGGCAUCUAUUUUGCCUACAGCUAUUGUGAACAAGGACAUAUUCCCUUGCAAAUCCUGCGGCAUUUGGUACCGAAGUGAGCGGAACCUGCAGGCCCAUCUCAUGUAUUACUGCAGUGGGAGGCAAAGAGAGGGGCCACAGCUGUCAGAGGAGAGUGAGGACAGUGCUCAGCAGAUAUCCAGUGUCUGCCCCUUUCCACAGUGCACCAAAAGCUUUUCAAACGCAAGAGCUCUGGAAAUGCACCUAAAUUCUCACAGUGGAGUGAAAAUGGAAGAAUUUCUCCCACCCGGUGCUAGUCUGAAAUGCACAGUUUGUACUUACACUGCAGAUUCAGUGAUUAACUUUCAUCAGCACCUGUUCUCGCAUCUUACUCAAGCUGCCUUUAGAUGCAAUCACUGCCAUUUUGGCUUCCAAACUCAGAGGGAGCUACUGCAGCACCAAGAGUUACAUGUCUCUGGCAACAAAAUUCAGAGAGAAAGUGACAUUGAACACUCUCCAAGUGGAAAUGAAGAAGGUUUGCAGCCAGCAACGGACCUGUUGAGCAGAAAUGAUGUUCCCCAGAGCCAAAAGACCAUGCAGACUAAAGAUGCAAGUUCUGAUACAGAGCUUGAUAAAUGUGAAAAAAAGGCUCCACUUUUCCUUCCAAACCAGAGGCCAGAAACCCAGCCUGCCGCAAAUAAGCAGAGUUUUUCAUAUACCAAAAUAAAAUCUGAACCAUCCAGCCCAAGACUUGCUUCAUCGCCAGUUCAGCCUAAUAUCGGUCCUUCUUUCCCAAUGGGACCUUUUCUUUCCCAGUUUGCUUUUCCCCAAGACAUCACUGUGGUUCCUCAGGCUUCAGAGAUAUUAGCCAAAAUGUCGGAACUGGUCCAUCGGAGGCUGAGGCAUGGAAGUAGCAAUUAUCCGCCUGUAAUUUACAGUCCUUUGAUGCCUAAAGGGGCUACAUGUUUUGAAUGCAACAUAACAUUCAAUAAUUUGGACAACUAUUUGGUACACAAAAAGCAUUACUGCAGCAGCCGAUGGCAGCAGAUGGCAAAGUCACCAGAUUUUUCCAGUGUUCCAGAAAAAAUGCCUGAAGCUGUAAGUCCCACUAAUGGUCAAAGCUCUAUAAACAUCCUGAAUCCAGCUCCUCAUACAUCUGAUCCAGAAAAUCAACUUCUGCAGACAUCUUGCUUAAACUCUUCCAAUGUUUUAGAUUUGAUUGGGCCAAACAAUAAAAGUCAUGAAAAAGACUUUACUGCACAGCCUAAGAAGUUGUCAACUGCAAGCAACGGUGAUGAGAAGAUCAAUGGAAAACCUUCUGAUGUGAAGAAUCCCAAUGCUCCCUUAGUAGAAGGGGAGAGUGACCCUAACAAGACCACGUGUGAAGCUUGCAAUAUUACUUUCAGCAGACAUGAGACCUACAUGGUCCACAAGCAGUAUUACUGUGCCACUCGCCACGAUCCCCCGCUGAAGAGGUCCGCUUCCAACAAAGUGCCUGCCAUGCAGAGAACAAUGCGUACUCGGAAGCGAAGGAAGAUGUACGAGAUGUGCUUACCAGAGCAAGAGCAGAGGCCACCACUAGUUCAACAGCGAUUUCUAGAAGUUGCUAAUCUUGGCAACCCAUGUACAUCUACUCAAGAGCCAACAGAGGGUCUUGGGGAGUGUUACCACCCACGAUGUGAUAUCUUUCCAGGAAUAGUCUCGAAGCAUCUGGAAACAUCACUGUCUAUUAACAAGUGUGUUCCAGUUUCAAAGUGUGAUACUGCCCACUCCACCGUGUCUUGCUUGGAGAUGGAUGUGCCAAUAGAUCUCAGUAAAAAAUGCUUGCCCCCGUCAGAGAGGACGUCCACUUCUCCCAAAAGGCUGCUGGACUACCAUGAGUGCACCGUAUGCAAGAUCAGUUUUAACAAGGUAGAGAACUACCUGGCUCACAAGCAGAAUUUUUGUCCUGUCACUGCUCAUCAGCGUGGUGACCUGGGACAACUCGACAGUAAGGUGUUUCAAAACCCAGAAAGUGAAAGAAACAGCCCAGACGUCAGUUAUGAGAGAAGCAUAAUCAAAUGUGAAAAAAAUGGAAACUCAAAACAGUCCUCUCCUAAUGGAAACUUAUUUUCCACACACUUAGCAACACUUCAAGGACUGAAAGUCUUUAGUGAAGCGGCCCAGCUUAUUGCUACAAAAGAAGAAAACAAACAUUUGUUUCUUCCACAAUGCCUUUACCCUGGAGCAAUAAAGAAAGCUAAAGGAGCAGAUCAGCUUUCUCCAUAUUAUGGAAUAAAGCCAAGUGAUUACAUUUCUGGUUCUCUCGUCAUUCAUAAUACUGAUUUAGAUCAAAGCACAAAUACUGAAAGUGAAUCUCCUAAAGGCCAGGCGCCUUCAAAUGGAUGUGCUGUGCAGAAGAAAGAAUCUCUUCCACUACUGCCGAAAAACCGAGGCAUGGUAAUAGUUAAUGGGGGACUAAAACAGGAGGAAAGGCCUGCUGCUAACCCACAGCAAGAGAACAUUUCCCAGAAUCCUCCACAUGAAGAUGGGCACAAAUCUCCUUCCUGGAUCUCUGAGAAUCCCUUAGCUACAAAUGAAAACGUCUCUCCAGCAAUUCCUACAGCAGAGGAACAGUUGUCUAGUAUAGCUAAAGGUGUGAAUGGCUCUACCCAGGCUCCAACCAGUGGAAAGUAUUGCCGACUCUGUGACAUCCAGUUCAACAAUCUCUCAAACUUUAUAACUCACAAGAAGUUUUAUUGCUCUUCACAUGCAGCAGAACAUGUCAAAUGAAACAAUCGGUCACCUUUGGUACAUGUGUUUAGCAUAUUGUUCCAUGCAGUUUAAAGAAAGCUGUUUGAAUUACAUCUGGACAAUCAGGAGAUUUCACUAUUGCUGAGUUGAAGACUUAAAGGUGUAAUUUCAUUACAGUCCAUUAGUAAAGUGUAUUAUUGGUGCCAUUUUCAAAAAUAUUAAUUUAUUUUACCAGCAGUAUUCAUAGCUGUAGUUAUGUUAUUUUUUAUUUAAAAACUUUAUAUUAAAGUCAUUUGUAAUGUUAUUGUAUAGUUAUUGUGUAGCACAUAUGGUUUGCACUGUAUAGUAGAUUUUAAAGAAAAUAGUCGCAAACAAUACAGAAAAGCAUUUUAGAAAUAGCUUCAAAAGCACUUGUGUAUCCUGAUUUUUUUUCUUAUAUGCUGUUGCAGAUAUAUGUAUAUGCUAAAAUAUAACUUGCAAAGAAGUUUCAACUAUGCUGUAAAGUUCGCCUUAAAAUUUCAAUUUUUUUGAACAAUUGGGCUCAGUUUGCACUUUAUAUUUUAGCACAUACAGUACCUUAGUCAUUAGGCUUUGCAUUUGUAUGUAGCAGUAUGUUUCUGUCCACUUUCUUAAUCUGAAACGUACGUUAAAUGAAGAUGGCAUUUUCUUUCUUGUAUAGUACUUGUAUUUUCUUUCGCUGAUGCAUCUCUGUCUCAAUUUUUAAACCUUUGCUGUUAAAUGCAAUACUUUAUAAAGAAUGAACAAAAUUACUGGAAGCAGUAUUGUAAGAAAUGAGGUCAUAUCAAUCCGUUUUAUCUUUUGAAAGGCACAGUCUAAAACAAAACCCUAAACUCAAUGCUGCAAUUAUGAAUCUAAUUCAUAUAAAAGAUAUAUUUAAAUAUAAGAGUAGCAAUACUGCAACUGGUGAUCACAAAGAUAAUGUUCUACUUCUGAUAGAAAUAAUUUCUCAACAAAUGUUGUUACUAUGCAUGUAUAUGGAUGGAAUAAAAUUCCAGAUAAUUGGAGAA